AUGAUAGAUGCUUCUAUGGGUGAGAUUAUGGUCACCUUGGAGAAGAUCAACUGGAUUCUAAAGCACGGCGACUCCAUUUUGGAACCUAGCAAAAGACCUGGCCCUGCCAACAUGUUGAUGAAAUACAAAAACGCACAAGUCUGGUACGAGCCACUUGGCGUCGUUGGCGCUGUUGUUUCAUGGAAUUACCCAUUCCAUAACUUGAUGGGACCAAUUAUCGCUGGAGUUUUCAGUGGUAACGGUGUUGUGAUCAAGUGUAGUGAACGAGUAAGAUGGAGUAGUGAGUUUUUCAUGAGUGUUGUCAAAGGCGCAUUGAAGAUUUGUGAGAUCGAUGAAGACCUUGUACAGCUUGUGUGUUGCUGGGGAAAAGAUGCCGAUGCUGUCAGCGGGAACCCGAGAUUGGACCACCUGACCUUCAUUGGCUCGAGACCUGUCGCUAAGAAGGUGGUCAAGAAAGCAAGUGAUAUAUUAAUUCCGGUAGUUGUCGAAUUGGGCGGUAAGGAUGCGGUGAUUGUAUGCGAUGACUACAUGAAACAGAAGGGUGUUGAUUCCAUUGCUAGCACGCUAUUACGUGGUACCUUCCAGAGCUCAGGUCAAAAUUGUAUUGGAAUCGAAAGAGUGAUUGUUUGUGGGGACCGAAAUAAUUAUGAAUUGCUACUCACCAAGUUGAAAGAGAAAAUAGACAUGUUUCACUUAGGGAGUGAUAUAGAUCAGGGCGAAGAGAUCGAUAUGGGCGCCAUGAUCAUGGGAGGCGCCAAAUUUGAUGAACUGGAAGGAUGGGUCAGCAACAUCGAAGAACAGGGUAAAGGAAGAGUUUUGUGUGGUGGUAAAAGAUACGUCCAUCCUAACUAUCCACAGGGACAUUAUUUUCAACCCACCCUAAUUGCAGAUUUGGAUCCAAACAGUGCGAUUGCCCAGAACGAAGUAUUUGGCCCUAUUUUAAGUGUAUUCCAUGCAGCUGAUGAUGAACAGGGUCUCGAAAUAGCCAAUAAUUCCGAGUUUGGACUUGGUGGCGCAAUUUUUACUACCAACAGGAAGAAAGGGUUUGAAAUGACGAGAAGAUUCCGGACAGGGAAUGUUGCAAUAAACGACUUUGCAACAUUUUACGUCUGCCAGUUGCCGUUCGGCGGUAUCAAGGGGUCUGGAUACGGCAAAUUUGGAGGUGAAGAAGGAUUGCGUGGACUUUGCAACGAAAAGAGCGUUUGCUUUGACAAAAGCCAGUUCAUCAGCACUAGCAUCCCUGGUGUGAUCGACUACCCGAUCAAGAGCGGCAAAAAGGCUUGGACUUUUGUCUCUUCCAUGAACAAGGCUGCAUAUGACUAUAGCUUGUUUGAAAGGGUGAAGGGUAUAUAUAAUCUUGCCAAAAACGCAAAUUGA